GAGAAAACUGCUUUAUGCCUGACUGGUUUGAAGCUAAGCUUAUUGCUACAAUGAUUCUGCUGGCUGCAGAUGUGGAAGAGAUGAAGAAUAAACACAGCAAAAAAAGCAACACUGAACGGGUUGAAUUAAAGUCUUUCUUGCACCCUCUUCUGGAUGUCUUGUUGAAACUUGGUACUAAUGCUUACGUACCAACACUGAAAACCGAUAAAAGUCUACAGCUACUCUUGAAGCUAUUACAGACCUGUUUGUUAAAACAGUACAGUCCACAAGAUGAUGUGGUGUUAAGUUUUUUCUCUAAUUCUGUUAUGACUGCUGCAGAAAGUAUACUGGAAUUUAUCCUCAGAAGACUCACUACAAGUGAGUUGAAUACU